GUUUACAACCUUUGUGCGAGUGUACAACACUGGCUGGAAGGAUAUUCUGAGAUUCAGGUUCACUACGUGCGAGAUCUGCCAACAACUGAAGGCCUCUCUAGCAGACAAAGGUCUUUCGCUGGAGCAGAAGCUGGGUGAACUUCAAGCCUACAGAAAGCACCUCAGAGAUCAGUAUGACGACAGGUCCAGAGUAUGGGAACUCGAGGCCAUGUCUGCCGAGGCAGACUCCAACGUCUUGCUGCUUUCUGUUGACGGAAUGGAUCAAGCGAAAUUCGCGGUUCCACGAGAUCCUCAAUUGCGUUGUUCCUCCGCUCUAGCUUCGGCCAUCCGUCCGCGGAUGAUGGUUCAUGCUUGCCACGCUCAUGGCUACAUCCUGAACAUCAGGGUGGCCGACGAGACUCUGAAGCAUGACUCCAGCUUCGUUUUGGAUCUCGUUUCCGAGACCCUUGAAAAGCGCUUCAAAGUGCGUGUGGCUGCCCUGGCAUUCUUGCGCAAAUCUCACACGCACAACGGAUUAGAUCAACUCUUCGGCAUUUUGGCGCGGCGCUUGGCCUCGACUGACCGCAUCUUGAACGACGAGGACGUAAUCAAGGUGCUGCGGCACGAAUGCCACAGGCCGGGUGUGCGGUCCUGGCUGGGCGCUCAUGUUGCUGUUUGCGUGGAGAAGUCAGCAGCUGUCAGAGCCUGGGCCGACCACGUCGCCAAGACUGGUGUCAAGUUUGAAGGCGGUCUGCUUUGCGACAAGAGCUCGAAUCACUUCUUCCUGUUCAUGUUGUAUCGAGAUCUGCCCGCAGCUCUUCAAGAGCGCGUGAAGCGACGUCGUGGUGCUGGCACGCCUGGAGCUUUUGAUGUAGUUGUGCUGGUGAAGGAGUACAUUUGCUCCGUCGACUUGGGGCAAGAGCCGUUUGUGUGCAUGCCUACCCAGCGCUGCUUGCACGGCGGCUUGGUGCCUUCUGAGAAGCAUGCUCUCCGGGACAAGGACACGGCCAAGGAGAAAUGGCGGAAGACUGGCCAGCUCGUGCUACAGGCGUACGGUGCAUCCGGUCUGAACGAAGAGUACAGAAGAGCAUUUGACUAUUUGCAGCACUUGGUGAAUGAUACUAUGUGGAGGCAGGCUCGACUGGGUCCUCUCCACUGGCUGGAUCGCGUUGGACAACGACCAGCUGUGAACGAUGCGGAGCCUGUCUUGCACCAGAGUGUGCUGGACGCAUUGGCGCCGAAAGUGCCCUUGCGUGUCGUCUUUCAAAGGCCGAUGUCAUCAGACACUGAGUUCGUCGAUGUCAUUAGAACUUCGCAGCUGGAGCCCGUCGAUGUCAUUAGAACUUCGCAGCUGGAGCCCGAGUGGCUUUCCGUCCUCUGUGGCGUUUUGCAUUCGGUGAAGUGCUCGAAGCUUGAAGUGAUUUUGGAAGUUUUUCGCCUGGCCGUCGUGGAAACAGGCUUGAGGGCAAUGGCAGGCUUUCUGCAACGAUGCAAGGAGGCUAUCGAGGAGAAAAUUGCGUGCAAAGAGGACGGUGUGAAGACCGAGUCGGGUGCCUCCCCUGCCAAGAAGUGGUGUUCCCUCUUCGAGAAACAGUUGUCGAAGCUGGCGGGCAACCUGGAGCUCGUGAAGGAGGUCGUGGAGUAUUUGAGCUUCUGGCAGCAGGAUGCUGCAGAUCUUCAGGUCUUGACCACUGAGCAGUUUCAGUGUCCGGCCGACGGCUUGCCGCCGGCCCGGGACUUUAUAACAGUCUGGGAAAGCAUGUUGGUGACAGGGACAGACCUGUCGCGGGAGCCCUUGAGUGUCAGCGUGCAGCUCAACGGGAACCACUCGCAGAACCUCGCGAAUGUCGGCGUGGACAUCAUCAAGGGCUUCACGAAGGCAAGCUGUUUGGCAUUUACCUUGGCGAUCCUGGCGGACCGGGAUCCGGACUCCGAGGAGGACUGGCCCUUGAUCGAGCCCUUCAGCAAGCUGCUCGACCGUGGCUUCUUGGUGUCGGUGAACAUGUCGACGGUGGAGCAGAGCUUCUCCAACCUGGCCCUCUCGUUCAGAGGGGUGCAGCCCAGGAUCAUCUCCUUGGCCUUGCGCUUCAACGACAUCUUAAAGACGAAGACCAAGCAGGGAGCGCAUCCCUCCGGAUGGAACGUGGAGCGACGCAUCGAGGCCAUCGUGGAAGACUUUAACGGCAGCUCCCUCAUGACCUCCAAGUUCGCCCUCGACGGUGAAAAGAUCAAGGCCGUUUGCAACGUGAUUGUCGGGACUUGCGAGGAGACCCUGACAUUGAUGCAGUCCCAUUUGCACACAACGAAAUGGAAAGACUCGGCCUUCAGCCACAGCCUCAUCAAGUCGAACCGAUGGUUGAUUGGCGCCUCCCGGCGAGUUGAUCACAACUACAUGCGCAGCCUGCUUGUGGUGACAGCCGAGAUCCAGGCUUUCUUCGUGCGCAACCACAUCCUCGCUUUCUUGAGGGAGGCCGCCAAGCAGUUUCCCGAGAAGGACUUCAGCUCCUUGAAGCAGGCGGUGGACAACAGGCUCGUCCCCAUCGUUCGCGUUGUGUUGCUCACUAUUGCAUAA